CAGGAAUACACAGCAGAAUAACUGCUCUGCUUUGAGUCGAUUUUUUUGUCAGUGAUUCAUUUACUUUUUAGCUGAUCAAUUACAAAGUCUGUUGGAUCGUGCUCACUUUUAUGGAUUUGUAGAGGGCAGGGAUACGAGAAAAGAAGACCUGAAGACCCAAAUAAAACAUCUUCAUGUAGGUUAAAAACUGGGCUAACAGUUGGGGAGUUACAGAAAAUCUUCCCAUCAUGGGUCAGCGGCUGAGCGAGGAAAGUGACCCAGACAAGGAGAUCGAUGUUGCGGAGCUGCAGGAAUGGUACAAAAAGUUUGUGGUGGAGUGCCCGAGUGGGACGCUGUUCAUGCACGAGUUCAAGGGUUUCUUUGGUGUCACCAACAACAAGGAGGCUGCAGAUUACAUUGAAAACAUGUUUCGGGCCUUUGACAAGAACGGCGACAACACCAUUGAUUUCCUGGAGUACGUUGCAGCUUUGAAUUUAGUUCUCCGGGGAAAACUGGAGCAUAAACUCAAAUGGACAUUCAAAAUGUAUGAUAAAGAUGGAAGCGGGUGCAUUGAUAAAACAGAACUUCUUGAAAUUGUGGAGUCUAUUUAUCGGUUGAAGAAAGCCUGCCAUGGAGAGCUGGAUGAAGAAUGUAAUCUGCUUACCCCAGACCAGGUGGUUGAUCGGAUAUUUGAGCUGGUUGAUGAAAAUGGAGAUGGGGAACUCUCACUGGAUGAGUUUAUUGAUGGAGCGCGGAGAGACAAGUGGGUGAUGAAGAUGCUGCAGAUGGACGUCAACCCCGGAGACUGGAUCAAUGAGCGGCGAUGCAGUGAAGACUUCUAAUGCUGGAACAUGGAUAGUCAGUCGUAUCCGACCCUCUUGAGAACCUGUACAUACAUACAUGUAUAUAAAAGUUAAUCAAUGUUUAGAUGUAAAACAAGUUUGCUUGCAAAGAUGCAGUACAGAGUUAAAUCAACAACUGUAGUCUUGACUUCAUGAACUACUGAUAAUGAUGUACCGGUAGAUCCUUUUCAUAUGCAACCAUGAAGCAUUUAUUUUGUUUUUCCUUUGUGUGUUCUACAAUGAGCCUCAAUAAAUUUACUCAAAA